GCCAGAACUUUGGGACAAUCCUGACGUCAACGUGCAUGCCCUUAUUGAGGCGAAUGACACUGACGAGUUGCUUGACCCUACACACGAUGGCUACGUCAUGUUUGGAGCUCCCAACGCCUCUGGCUGGGGUGGCAUUGUGUAUGGAGGGUGUCAAGCUGGAAGGGAGGUGCCAACCUCUGGCGUUUGGAUCACCAUCCCAGAAACCGCUGUGCCGAGGACCAGCACUUUGCGCUGGCAAGUUGCGCAAAGUAGACACAGAGAGAUCAUGGCGAUCGGAGAGAUUUUCCUGGAGCUGCUUCAACCCAUUGCGGAAGAGCACACCAUCGUCCAGCUUGAAGCAGGUGCAUGUUGGCAGAUGCUGAGAAAAGAUAAGGAUUCGAAGAAAGAUUUCAAUCCAGCAGGUGUGCUGCCAAGUCUUGCGCCCCGGCAAAAAACAGUGACGAUACAACCCAUCCUAAGGAUCAAAGUUUCCACCCAUCUGCCACCAGCUGGGAGCAAGCCGCCUGAUGGGCAAACUGAACAAGAUGGGGCACUCACAAAAUCCUGCUUUCUUUCGGAAUCAGAACAUGAUGAGAUGCCGGAAAUGUUCAGUCUCAGCACGUCAAGCAUAGUUAGCUACCCUGCCUUGCAAAUCACUGGAAGUGAGUGGGGUGGACCUGCUUCUUCGCUACUUCAAGAGGAUCUUGUGCGAAACCAGAGGCUGAAGCACCAGCUAUCACAAUUGCGCCUGAGCGACUUUUUUGAUGUGCAUGGUGGGCCUCAUUUCAAACUCUUGAGCAUCGCCUUUGCGGCCAAGCAGAACCGAGAUGUUGGCAGCACAUUUGGAUCUACUGGUGAUCUUCAUGCUUCUGUAGACGUUUCGACCUUGCAACGGCAUAUGGAUGAGAUGGAUGAGAUGGCUUUGGAUGAGAGGACAGGCAUGCUGGGAAGCUCCAAGGCAUUUCUUGCGGCUUCAGAGGCCCGAGCUAAAGAUAUGCUGAUGACACGGGAAAAGGCCGAAGCUCUCUUGAGAAAGGUUAAUGAUCAAGAACGUCUGCGCACAGCAGAUGUGAACCAACGCAGGCUUGGCCGACUAUUUGCAGAGAUAUCUGCCUUUGAGACAGUCCUGCCCAAUGACAUUGAUAUCAAAGAUAUUAUGCCAACUGAUUCUCUCGAAGAAGAAGAGAAUACAGCGAAGCAGUUGACUGAGAGACAAAAUGCAUUUCUUGCAGACGAGAAGUUUGUAGAAGGGUCACAGAUGUCGUGGCUCUUCACACAGACUGAAGUGCUUCUGAUCACAAGGUGCAUGCAACGCUGGAGUAACUCAACCCAAGCAGCACAUGGAGCAGUCGUCACAGCUGGGAUGGAUCGGCCGACCUUUUGCCGAAUGCUGCUGGAUCUGGAGUUGGUGGGUGAGAAAGUACCGUACUUCUGGGCAGUGUGUCUUUUCGACAGUUUGGCCCUGCCAAUGCGGCUCUGCCCGGAUGUUGAACAUGCUGCUGUAGCUCCUGUGUUGCAUGUCGUUAAUCGAUUCAGACUCAUUUCGGUGUUGGAUGUCAUUAUUCGACAGUAUUUUGAAGCAAAGACUCGGGAGGAUUUCUUGCAAUCCCUGAAGAAGUAUGCUAAGAAGCUGAAGGCCAGCGACCCAGGAGAUUCGAAACGGGAUUCACUGGACGCACAGGGUAUGAAGCACACAGAGCCAAGCCGAAAGGGCCAAGGCCAAGGGCCCAAAAAAGCUGACAAGGAUAUUUUCAAUCUUGCCAGGGACAGGCUGAUUUCGGCCAUGCUCAUCGAGCCAGAGGUUCUUCAUGUUGUUUACUGUUUCCAGCACCAGUUCAGAAUCCUCUUCAACUGCUAUGCACCCAAAGGACACAUGCAAUUCACAGAGCUAUGGCAGUUUUGUGUAGACUUUCAGCUGACCCCGCGGUUCAUUCCGGAACAGCAGCUCCGUAGGGCCUACGAAGCUGCCGAGUGCUUUUUGGUCCUUGCCCCGCGAUUAGUCAGGAAGCCUCCGCGUGCGUCGAAAGCGCGGGGCAAAGCCAAGGAUGGAAAGGGACGUUCCAAAGCUGCAUCGUCACCGAUUCCACCAGCACCAGGGACGGAAAGGGAACGCCUUCACAGCACCGACUCCGCAGUGUCUUCGACUCUUUCAGAAAAUGAGCAGCACGAGUGCGAAACCGUUUUUGGUGCAAAUGCUUUUGUUGAGACACUUUGCAGGGUAGCUUUCCUCUACCUUGGCUUCUAUGGCAGCACAUUGCAGCAGAGCACCUCCUCCUACUUCAAGGUGACAUGGCUUGUGAGCUACUUGCGUCGGAUGUCAUGUCUGAUGCUUGACAAUCCACCGGAAAUGCCAGACCCAGAGGCCGCAAGCGGGGCAGCUGCGUUGGUGACUCAGUUGCCUGGUCUGUGGGAUGACUUCUCCGAGGACCCAGGUGGCCAGAGCCUGCUGCAACCUCAUCCUGGACCUGGAAAUCGAAAGCCACUACGCCGACAAUCCAGGCAGCAAAGCAUGGCACCCAGCCUAAAGCCAAGCAAACAAACCCGAGAUGCUGCACUCUCCCUGAAGAAGCAGAAAACCAUGAGCAACAUACGAGAAGCAGUAAAGAACUUGGGACGGGCAGCCUUGGUUGUCAAGAAGAUGGCAGAAACCCAGCAGUUGAGUGGAGUGGUUCCGAGAAAAUUGGAUGACUCCUCGAGUGAAGAGGACAUUCCACAGCCCAGCCCCUCAAAACUUACACUCUCAAACAAUGAGACCAAGGAACGAAUUGCAGCUCUGACAACCAGGAUGGCAGUUUCCUUCCAUAAGCCCAAGAAGCAGAAGAAGACAAACACCAAUGACAUGCCAGUGGAAGAGUUGUUCAAAGUGGAAGCAGGGAAACCAGCAGUUGUGAACGGCAUUUGCCAGCUCUGUGGGAGAAGCCGAGAAGACACCCGCCUCGGAAAUCCGGCCUGCCGUGGCUGUUCAAUCGUUGAUUCCAUCCACUUGCAGGCUCAUCCGUUUGCACGGCUGCUGUCUCUUGACUCAAAUCCCUACGGAAAUGCCAAGGUACUGAGGCCCAGGGCCAAAGCUCACACUGGAGAACGGUUGCGCCCUGCUUUUAGGCUACCCGAAGUAGAGCUACCACGAAUUGAAUCGCAAGCGCUCCUUGACUAGUUACACGAGCUGCUGGCAUUUGCGCCAGAGGCAGAAGCAAGGCCAGUCUUGGUAGUGUUGUUGGACACCGCUGAUGAGGGGAAGCACAUUGUGCGUCUCACCACUUGGAAAAACCGAGUGACUCAGUGAACAUGAAGUCAACUCCCAAAGGAUUCCAGCUUGGAGUUUGAAAGAGGGCACCAGGCUGUGACGGAGACCGGCGCUACCAGAGCCAGGGCCGCCAGGGUUUCACGUUUGG